AUGUCGCAGUCGCAGCCAAUCAACCCGGACGCCGGCUCGUCCGCAACCCUAGACACCAGGAGCCGCGCCAACACAUGUGCGAGCCUCUCAGCUGCUCCUCUAGGCACGUCGUAUCGCUCGACGACUGGAAGCUCGGUCGUGUCGAACGGCAGCUUGCUUGAUCUAUACGCGCGAUCGCCGGGCUCGUUUCCCAGCUCUGCCGAGACGCCGUCGCACAUCAGUGCCAGCUCGACGAUCGGCAACGCUUCGAUCCCGAUGCAGGCGUCCGCAUCGACCUCGUCGUCAAACGGAAUCCCAGCAGUGUCAGCCACACGCGGCUUUCAGGCACCUGGCAACGACGCUGUGCCAGCAUCGACCGGCUUCUCCAUGGUCCCGAGCGACAGCAACGCUUCCAUCUGGACAACUGCCUCGGCAUCUGCAACCGAGUCGCUUCCUCACAGCAAGCGUGCCUCGGUGGCAGGUUUUGAUGUCGAUGUGAUGCGCAGCAUCCAGCCCGCCCUGAACGCCGACACGCUUGAUGCGGCGCGAACCAACGACCUCCCUAUGCCCCCUCGCAUUGGAGUCGAGGCGCCACAAGACGACAGCGAUGGCUCGCACUACGAUGACGAAGAGGUCCUUAACACCUCGACACAUGACUCGUUCGACCGCUCGGCGGAUCGCACCAUCGAGCCUCCUCAUACAAGUCACCCUGCAACCGCGGCGGAUGAUGAGGAGGAGGUCUUCUCCAACGCGCUCCCAUCUCCCCCCGUUCCCAGACGCACGAGCAGCGUAGCGCAGGACGCCUUCACGAUCUCACCUAGUCCAUCUCAAACGGAGAAUCUCAAUCAGCAGGAUGGCACGCUUUCCCGGCACACAGCAUCCAGAUCUAGAUCCGGCUCAGGCCAGCUUGGAAGUAGCCAGAUUCCGCAAAGGCGAAGCAGCGCCGACCACCGCGACGACUCGCUCCACCAGCUGCUCCAAAGCGAUGACACAGGUCCUACCCCUCCUACACAGGAGGCUAGCAGCAGCAGCAAUGCUCCUCGAGACACUUCAAGCCCGACCAAGCGUAAUCUGCUCGGCGCUGUCAACGAGCACACGCGUCUUUCGACCGACGGCAGCCGAUCGUCGCACGAGCCCACAGAGGACGAGCAGCAACGACUGGAAAAGGAGCUACUUGCCGAAGCGGACGACUCACGCCCGCGUACGCUCAAGGAGGCACGCGAACGCGCAAAGAUGCGCAGGCAGCAGAGCGAUACCGUUUCUCCUCUCGCGGGCGGUCCGACGAGCGGCAGCACAACCACGAGUCCGCGCAAGGGCGCUUCGCUGCAUGUGCGCGACGUCGCCUCUUCGGUCGUCGGUGGAGCGAUCGACGAGGAAGUCGCGCGCAGCAGCAUCGACUCGAGGGACCGCCCCGUGCGCAACCCAAAGCGGCUAUCCAAUCGAGAUCGUACUGGCGCUGCCGACCAGCGCUCGCUCUCGGAGCGCUCGGCUCCCUCGGACUACUCGCACGACUCGGACGGCGAGGGCGCUUUCUCGUUCGAUCCGCCGCCACAAGCUGCUGGCAACACGACAGCCAGUGCGGGCCUCCCCACCCAAGGCUCUGGCAUGGACGACCUCACUGCCGCGGUGAGCAAUGCGAUGAACGAUCUGAGCUUCGGCAGUGCGGACGAGACCAUCUCGGCGGACGAGGAGCAGGCAACGCCGAUGCCUCCGCAGACGCAGACCGCGGCGCGGCAGGUGAUGCCUGCCUCGCUGCCGUCCGCGCGCAGCCUGGCGGGUGUGACGGGCAUCAGUGUUGCGCAGGCGGGCGUGAGGUCGAGCCCGCUUGCUUCGCCUGCCAAGCACGCACCUCCGACGCCGCGCACUCCGCAGACACCCAGCGGCUCUUCGUACUUCCCCGCCGCCAAUUCGGCGCAGUCGCUAUCGAUGGCGCCGCUCAGCUCGCCCCGCGCCGCACCAACGACGCCGACAGCUGCCGCGCGCCCCGUCGCACCCGCUCUGCCCAGCCGCAUCGAGGUGUACGGCAAGACGCUGCCGAUGCCCGCGGCGUUUGCGAGCAGCAACAUUGUGGUGGGCCAGAAGCGCGGCUCGUCGUGGGACCGCGCGCGCGCAUAUGCACAGUGCACCAACGAGCUGCUGCACCUUCAGACGGGGCUGGCGCUGUGGAUGCAGGUGGUUCAGCGGCCCGCUAUGCGGCAACAAGCGCGCACGGGGCAAAGUCAGCCCGAUUGGCUGGCACAGGGGACGCUGCCUCGGUCGACACACGUGCGCAACGAGGGAUCGUACGCCGACUCGGUGCGUUCGGACAUGACGUUUCCCAUGCGCGGCGAUGGGGCCAAGGCCAAGGAGAUUGUGUCGGUGAUGCCGACGAUGGCCGAGUCGCCCGUACAGACGCCCGUGAAUCUACCCUACCCGGGCGUAGCGCCGCAGCAGACGCGCAGCAACUCGACGCAGUCGUUCGCGUCGUUGCCCGGCUCGACGUCCGUGGGCGAGGGCAUGGGUGCGAUGCGCACCUCGGGCUCGGGCGCGGGCAACCGCUUCUUCUCCGGUCUAGGCAGGAAGAACAGCAAGCGUCAGGCAUCAGUGCCUCCACCCGCAGCCGUGCCUGCAAGCUCGCCGCUCGCAUCGGCGGCGAUCGGCACAGGUGGUUCGCGCGCCUACUUGGCCAACAGCCGCAACCGGCAAGCACAAGGAUCGCCCAUCGUUUCGGGCGCAACAUCGUCGGCAAACCCAAGCACCGACACGUUUGAAACCACGUUCAGUCGGCCAGAGAGCCCCGCUCGUGCCGGGCUCGGGAUGCGCGGUGUCGAAGCCGAGCCCAGCGCGCGGCUCGACUCUGUGCGCGAGGGUGCAAGCGCGCCGAGUGGACCCCGUCCUUUGGGUCCACGUGCGCCGACGGGAUCCACACGGUUGUCGUACGAAAUGUCGCGCACCAACUCAGGCCAGGCCGUGACAUCUCCCAUUACGCCCAUCACGCCCAUCACGCCCAUCGCGGGCGGCUUCGGCAGUGGGCCGACCUUCGUCUCGCGUCUGAGUGGUGGGCCUUCGAGCCACGAGGGCUACACCUCCGACCUUCUGAGCGCCCCGCGUCGCAGCAGUCAAGCGGGCAGCACCUCGCCGAGCCUCAGCGCCGAAACUUCGCCCAGGAUCGGCGCGGGCUUGAGGUCGUCGCUGUCGUACGGCUCGGUAAGGGAUCGCAUGCGAAGAGGCUCGAAUUCGGGCGACUCGGAAGCGUUCAACGCAACCCUGACGAAGCUGGCGGACAUCUUGCCGGACGCGGAUACCGAGACGCUCGCACUGUACCUGCGCAAGGCUAAGGGCAACGAUCUGCAGGCCAUAGGCGAUUAUCUGCAGGACCAGAGCCUGGGUAAGCUGCCCAAGUAG